CUGUACCCGCGCCCACAUCCUGGUGGCUGCCCAGCCAUGGCCCGCUUGCUCCGCGCUGCGACCUGGGGGCUGUUCCCCUGGAGGGGCUACUGCUCCCGGGGGACGCAGGAGGAACUCAGCAAGGGCUUUGUGGAGGCCCUGAAGGCGGUGGUGGGGACCCCCCACGUGUCUACUGCUGCUGUGGUCCGAGCACAGCAUGGGCAGGAUGAGUCGAUGCACAGGUGCCAACCUCCAGAUGCCGUGGUGUGGCCGCAGAAUGUGGACCAGGUCAGCCAGGUGGCAGCCCUGUGCUACAGCCAAGGUGUGCCCAUCAUCCCAUUUGGCACCGGCACUGGGGUUGAAGGUGGCGUCUGUGCUGUGCAGGGUGGUGUCUGCAUUAACCUGACCCACCUGGACCGAAUCCUGGAGCUGAAUGCAGAAGACUUCUCUGUGGUGGUGCAGCCCGGCGUCACCCGCAAAACUCUCAACACCUACCUGCGGGACAGUGGCCUCUGGUUUCCUGUGGACCCUGGUGCGGACGCCUCUCUCUGUGGCAUGGCGGCCACUGGGGCCUCAGGCACCAACGCGGUGCGCUACGGUACCAUGAAGGACAAUGUGCUCAACCUGGAGGUGGUGCUGCCCGACGGCCGGCUGCUUCACACCGCGGGCCGAGGCCGGCGUUUCCGGAAGAGUGCAGCUGGCUACAACCUCACAGGGCUCUUCGUGGGCUCUGAGGGGACGCUGGGCCUCAUCACAGCUACCACUCUACGCUUGUACCCUCUCCCUGAGGCCACAGUGGCUGCCACCUGUGCAUUCCCCAGUGUCCAGGCUGCUGUGGACAGCACCGUACACAUCCUCCAGGCUGCAGUGCCCGUGGCCCGCAUUGAGUUCUUGGAUGACGUCAUGAUGGACGCCUGCAACAGGCACGGCAAGCUGAACUGCUCUGUGGCACCCACACUCUUCCUCGAGUUCCAUGGCUCUGGGCAGGCGCUGGUGGAGCAGGUGCAGCAGGCAGAGGAGAUAGCCCAGCACAACGGAGCCUCCCACUUCUCCUGGGCCGAGAAGGCUGAGGAACGCAGCCAGCUCUGGGCAGCGAGGCACAAUGCCUGGUAUGCGAUGCUGGCCCUGCGGCCGGGCAGCAAGGCCUAUUCCACCGACGUGUGCGUGCCCAUCUCCCGGCUGCCGGAGAUCGUGGUGCAGACCAAGGAGGAUCUGAAGGCCUCGGGACUCACAGGAGCCAUUGUUGGGCACGUGGGCGACGGCAACUUCCACUGCGUCAUGGUGGUCAACCCGGAUGAUGCUGAGGAGCUCCGCAGGGUCAAAGCCUUUGCAGAACAGCUGGGCAGGCGGGCACUGGCACUCCACGGGACGUGCACUGGGGAGCACGGUAUUGGGCUGGGCAAGCGCCAGCUGCUGCAGGAGGAGGUGGGUGCCGUGGGCAUAGAGACCAUGAGGCAGCUCAAGGCCACGCUGGACCCCCGAGGCCUCAUGAACCCAGGCAAGGUGCUGUGAGAGGCUCUGGCUACUCAGCCCACAAGCCCCCAGACUACGGAGCCCCUGUUCUGGAACCUUCAUUCAUGCCAGUGACCCUGCAAGAUGGUGUCUUCACCUGCCAGCUAGCCCUCUGAACCUGGGGCCCAAGGACAGAGGGCUGGAAGAGAGGUCUGGGCACCGGGCUCCUCCUUGGCCCCCUUGCUACUCUUGGGGGCCUUUUAUCCAAUAAAUGACCCAGGGUGGUUCCGGUAAA